GGCACCAACGACGACGCCUGAUGGCGAGCUUUGUCUCGCUUACCCCGUCUCGGGUUUGGAAAUCUGCUCCGUCUCUCCGGCCUGUGAGCCACUGCUCUCGGUGGCUGCAACACCAAGCUCACAGUGCAAAACGCUCACCUCUUGCAUUUGCAUUCGACAUUGAUGGCGUUCUGAUUCGAGGGCCUUCGGCUCUGCCAGCAGCACAGAGGGCUCUGAAGCUGUUGGAGGGUGCAAACCCUCUGGGUGUGAAGAUCCCAUAUAUUUUGAUUACGAACGGAGGCGGGGAAAGCGAGGACGCAAGAUGUCGUAAGCUAACGAAGUUGUUGCAGGUUGAUAUCAAACCAACACAGUACAUUCAGGCCCAUACCAUUCUGAAGUCUGUUGUAGACAAGUAUGCGGACGAACCUGUCCUCGUCCUUGGAGGUGUCAACGAUACCAUAAGAAAGGUAGCUGAGGGAUAUGGGUUUAAGCGAGCAUACACUACAUUAGACGUUCUUGCUUGGAAUCCUGCGGUAUGGCCUUUCCAUACGCUUUCCGAGUCGGAGCGGGCCAGUACCAAGGUACUCAAGCGUUGCUCUGAUCUUCCACACCACAGCCCCCAAGUAGACUUCUCGAAAACGCCUAUCCGUGCGAUACUUGUCUUUCACGAUCCACGUAACUGGGCUCUCGACGUCCAGGUCAUUUAUGACGUUAUCAUGUCCCGUGGAAUCAUCGGCGCACCAUACAUUCAUCCGAAUGAAUAUGCAUCCAGUCCGAAGAUUGACCUCGUGUUCUGCAAUCCGGAUUUGGUUUGGAGAAGUGACUUUGCGAGGCCAAGGCUGGGUCAAGGAGCAUUCAGAGAGGCGUUCCAAGCUGUGUUCAAGUCGUUUACUGGGACAACCUAUCCAUACAUCCAAUACGGGAAACCAACGAAGGCCACCUAUGACUUUGCAACUCAAGUCCUCACAGACCGUUUAGCGGAGAUCCAGGGUGGCCCUGUUCACGAGGCUCCCUCAGUGUACAUGGUCGGCGAUAACCCGGAGUCGGACAUUGUAGGAGCCAAUGCAGCUGGUUGGAACUCUAUUCUCGUCCGGACCGGCGUAUACGACCCUGAGGCUGGUCCGCCCAAACAUAAACCUACGAUGGAAGUCGAGGAUGUGGAGGAGGCAGUUAAGUGGGCUAUUGAUAGAGAAAUGCAGAAAUUACGAUCUUAGUCUUGUUGUGAGUCCGUUCAAUGCACUGUGAAUAGCAAGCUGGAAUGUUUUGCAGGACCUUGAGUAGACGUUGAAAAUAUAGGUGUUUGUCAAGAUGCCGAGUUUGAAGUCAAUGAUGCUGUUGAUGAGGGUUGUGGCUCAUAGAACGUUUACCCUGUGGUCUUCGUCAGGGUCAACGGUGUAAAGCCUGGAUCGUCGUGGACAUUCGAUCUCUUUGACCUCUUCGUUGCUACGCCACUGCUGAUGCCAGUGUGGCCUACCUUGAUGCUGUUUUCACGAAACAAAGGGUGACAUCUGUACAGAAGCUCACGCAGGUCCAUCACUGCAGGUCUAUUGUGUUUGACUGCCACUUAGCGCCGGAUUGAGCAGUAUUUAAGCCCUGCCUCUUUCAACCGAGUUGUUAACUCCUUGACCCUCGACUUCCGCUUUGUCAUUGUUCUCUUGUACUCUUACCUACACUCGGUUCUGCACCAUGCUCGUCCCCCAACUCGGAUACAACACUUAUGCAGCUU